AGUCACGUGGUAUAGGGGGCGCAGCACAUGUGCCAGGAAUCCCCCUUCGCUCCUCCCAUAGGCGACCCCGAGCAGGGACACGUGACUGGGGGCAGCACCCCUUCCCGGCGGCUGGGAUUUGGGGGAGACAGAAGCCCGGGGCUCCCGGAGGUCGGUGCUGGCGGCUGAUGCCUGAGGAGCCAACGUCUGAACAUGUUCCUCUGCCGAUGCUACCCAGGAUCCCGGUGAAACGGCAGCUGUCUCCAAAGAAGGGAAAGCGGCUCAUGUGCCUUACCUCCCCCCCGCCUGUGAAUUAUAUUUUUUUUACAAUCUUAAGAAGUUUUCUGCAGAGUCUUCUCCUCCGCUCCGCCGUGUUAAAUUCCUUUUUGAAGCUUCCCCGUCUCGGCGUGAUGCAGCCUGCGGAGAAGAGAUGACACAUCUUGUUAUCCUUCUGGAUCCGAAGACGAGUAGACACUUGCCGCUUACUGAACCUUAAAGUGCAGGAGACACGUGGAGGUGGAUUCAAUUUUUUUUUUUUUCUUUCUUUUUUUUCCACUUCUCUAAAAACCAUGGCCAUCGCCAAAGGCAGGUACUUGCUGGUGUUCCUCUGCGUCCAGCUGGUGGUUAUGGCCCUGCUGUACAGAGAAGGUUACCGCAGGCGGGUGGCCUAUUUUUUUGGUAUAUUAUAUAAGAAUGGACCCCACUCUCUAGCGCUCCUGAACCCCCAGAACCUCUCAUUGCCCGGUGACGUUUACGCCAAUCUCAGUUUGAUAGCCAAGCGGCAAGAUCGGCUGCCCUACUGCCCCGAGACUUCUCCUCUCAUAGGAGGGCCAAUCCGGGUCCAGUUACCGGAGAUCUUGUCACUGGAAGACGUGGUCCAGAAGAACCCGUAUGUGACCAAAGGAGGUCGGUACAAGCCACCCGACUGCGAGUCCACACAUAAGACCGCCAUCAUCAUCCCUCACCGCAACCGGGAACAGCACCUUAAAUAUCUCCUGUAUCACCUGCACCCCUUCCUGCAGCGGCAGCAGCUCAACUACGGGAUCUACAUCAUCCAUCAGGCGGGGAAUUAUACAUUCAAUCGGGCCAAGCUGCUGAACGUCGGCUUUAAAGAAGCGAUGAAGGACGAGGAUUGGGACUGCAUGUUCUUCCACGAUGUGGAUCUCAUCCCCGAGGACGAUCGCAACUUCUACACCUGCGACAAGUACCCGAAGCACGCGUCCAUCGCCAUGGACAAGUUCGGUUACAAGUUACCUUACAAGUCGUACUUUGGAGGGGUCUCAGCCCUUACCCCCGAACAGUACAUGAAGAUCAAUGGAUUUCCAAAUAACUACUGGGGGUGGGGCGGCGAGGACGAUGACAUCGCAGUCAGGGUGGCACUGAGCGGCAUGCUAAUAUCUCGGCCGACCGUGAGACACGGAAGGUAUAGGAUGAUAAAACACGGGCACGACAAAGGAAACGAGCAGAAUCCAAAGCGGUUCAACCUCUUAGCGAAGACGAGGCGGACGUGGAAACAGGACGGGAUGAACUCCCUGCAGUAUCGCCUCCUGUCCAAGGAGCUGCUCCCUCUCUACACCAACAUCACCGUAGACAUCGGCACCGACAAAGGCGUGCGGCCCCACACGUGAGACUGUCCCCUGCCCCCCUCUCAACCAGCUGUGCCCUACCCUCCGGGGUGACAACGGCCCGACACACCCGACAAGACAUUGCAAUAUAUCAAUCUAUUUUCUCUAUCUCUCUACUGUACUGUAACCAAGGACUGCGAAACCAAAGACCGGACCCAGCGGCAGCCGCCAUGGCAUCUCCUGGCCCCUAGGGGUCAGCACCAAUCCCUGUAAGCCGCCGGAGGUCGUGGCUGCCGCGCUGUGCUGAGGAGCACUUCCCCCGGUGCUGACGCUCACAAGAGAAUUCGGCUCCUUCCUAGAAGUGCCAUUUUCUUGGGGUUUGUUUUAUUUCAAUGGAGAUUUUACAGAAGCUUGUUUUUUUUUUUGUUUUUUUUUUCUCCUCUUCCGUCGGAAAUGUGAUUGGAUCAUUCCGAGUGGACGGGCGCGGUCAGCCUCGGAGUUUGUAGAAGAUGGAGGUGUAUAUCUCUCAUUAUAUACUCCUGGACCUCCUAGUUAAAGGAGCGCACAGACACUUGAAUGCAAAGGAACCAGUAUUAACGUCAAAUCCAAAGUGCCUUUUAAGCCAAUUUAUUGUGUGGGAUGUGAAUGUAUUUUUUUGUUUUUUUGGUCUGAGAAUCACACGGUGAAUGAAUUUUAGGGUUUUGAAAUGUGAAGAUAUUACGAAUCCUUUCUGAAAUAAAUAGAUAUAUAUAUAUACUUA